CAUGCGGCGUCGCGCCGCGCGCCUGCGCACUGCUCGCUUCCGGCCCCCGUCGGCAGGAGCUGGAGGAAGCGGGCGGCGGCGGCGGCGCUGCCCAUGGUGUUCUACUUCACCUCCGGCGCUGCUCCUGCCGUUUACACCAUUUACAUGGGAAAGGAUAAGUACGAAAAUGAAGACCUCAUCAAGUACGGCUGGCCCGAAGACAUCUGGUUUCACGUGGAUAAGCUCUCUUCUGCCCACGUGUACCUCCGCUUGCACAAGGGGCAGACGGUGGACGACAUCCCGAAGGAAGUUCUGAUAGACUGCGCCCACCUCGUGAAGGCUAACAGCAUCCAAGGCUGCAAGAUGAACAACGUCAACGUGGUGUACACGCCGUGGACUAACCUGAAGAAGACCGCGGACAUGGACGUGGGGCAGAUCGGCUUUCACAGGCAGAAGGAUGUGAAAAUGCUGACGGUGGAGAAGAAGGUGAACGAGAUUCUGAACCGGCUCGAGAAGACCAAAGCGGAGCGCUUCCCAGACCUGGCUGCCGAGAAGGAAGCCCGCGACAGAGAGGAGAGGAACGAGAAGAAAGCCCAGAUCCAAGAGAUGAAGCGGAAGGAAAAGGAAGAGAUGAAGAAGAAGAAAGAGCUGGAAGAGCUUAGGAGCUACUCGUCGUUAAUGAAGGCUGAGAACAUGUCCUCCAACCAGGAUGGCAACGAUUCAGAUGACUUUAUGUAAAUAAAGUCUCGCUCCUUUCUCAA